AUGGUGAAGGCCUCUCCAACACUGAAGCUCUCUUCUUCUGUGUCUCAGGAUCCUCCACAAACUUCAGUCUGGACCUGGUCCCAGAUCACGGGGACACUACAGGCAGAUCCUCUGUACCUGUGUGCUGUAGCACAAGGACACUACAGGCAGAUCCUCUGUACCUGUGUGCUGCAGCACAGGGACACUACAGGCAGAUCCUCUGUACCUGUGUGCUGCAGCACAGGGACACUACAGGCAGAUCCUCUGUACCUGUGUGCUGUAGCACAAGGACACUACAGGCAGAUCCUCUGUACCUGUGUGCUGCAGCACAGGGACACUACAGGCAGCAAUCCUCUGUACCUGUGUGCUGCAGCACAAGGAUACUACAGGCAGAUCCUCUGUACCUGUGUGCUGCAGCACAGGGACACUACAGGCAGAUCCUCUGUACCUGUGUGCUGUAGCACAGGGACACUACAGGCAGCAAUCCUCUGUACCUGUGUGCUGAAGCACAAGGACACUACAGGCAGCGAUCCUCUGUACCUGUGUGCUGUAGCACAGGGACACUACAGGCAGAUCCUCUGUACCUGUGUGCUGUAG